UGUUACAGAACACGCACGAUUGUCGUGACAGAAAAUUGAGUCAGUUCCGCAAGCAGACCGCGAAAGGAGUCGUGUCUCUGUCCCGUUUAGAAUUACAAAGUAUCUUCAUACAUGAUGGCUUCUGCGAAGAGAAAGCAAGAUGAGAAAUAUUUGAAAAUAUUACGCGAGCUGGUCUCGCAACCCGGUAACAAAGAAUGUUUCGACUGCCAUCAGCGAGGUCCAACUUACGUCAACAUGACAAUCGGUUCGUUUGUCUGUACUUCUUGUUCUGGUAUGCUACGGGGUUUGACGCCACCACAUAGAGUGAAAUCUAUUUCUGUGGCAACAUUUACUCAAGAAGAAAUAGAUUUUAUAAAAGAACGUGGUAAUGAAUAUUGCAGAAGGACAUGGUUGGGAUUAAUGAAUCCAAAUUCUCCUCAAAUCUUAGAUACAAAAGACGAACAAAAAAUGAAAGAUUUAAUGAGUGCAAAGUAUGAAUUUAAAAGAUACUAUUUGGAUCCAUCCAUGGCAAAUCAAAAGUCACAAUCAUCAAAUCAAACUAACAUUCCAAGAGUCCCACACUCCGGGACAUCUACUUUAUCUCCUAUAUCUGCCACAAAAUCAAGCAAUUCUGAGUCAGUUAAUUCUAAUAACUUCUCAGCUGAUUUUGUAGCUGAUUUCAGCAAAGUUCCUGAUCCAUUUAUUACUACUACAGCACCUGCGAACAAAGUCAGUCAACCAAUUGUACCUCAGCCAUUUUUUGCCAAUUUUGACAACAAUCCUAUUUUUAAUAGUUCAAAAAAUACAAAUAUUGAAUCGUUAAGCCCUUUUAAUCAAUCUACGAUAAAUUCUACAAAUGCAAUGAAUGCAAAUGGAACAAAUAUGCCUCCAUCCGAAGAUCGUUAUGCAGCACUGAAAGAUUUAGAUUCCUUAAUGAAGCAAACUCAACUAAAAGAUGAAACUAUAACAACAUUAAAUACAUCUACAUGGAAUACUAAUAAUGCUUCAAAUUCAAUUUGGAAUGUUGGAAAUCAAACUGCACAUGUAAUAUCAAAUCCUUUUGCUACUGGUGAUUUAUGGCGACCAUCAGCUAAUGUAGUAAAUAAUAAUACACAAUCAAUUGAUACCUCUCUAUGUAAUCCCAUUAAUCCGUUUAAGCCAGUACAAUUUCCUAUGAAUAAUGAUCCACAAUGGGUAGGUAUUGGACCAUCCAGUAACAGAGAUGUAAUUCAAUUUAGUCAAUUAAUGGCAAAUAAAGUGUGGCAACCUACUCUUCCAGCAUAUCAUGCAAAUCCUUUUAUGGUUGGUUCAGGUGUGAGCAACAUGACAAGAAAUUCGAACAAUCCUUUCUUAUGAUUAAGUAAGCAUAAGUUUUUAAUGGAAUUAAGAACAAAUAAUGCAGACCUAAAGUAUGUUUAGA